CGUGGCAUCUCUAGAGCCUCUCCUCUCCUCAGGACCAUGGCACGUCCAGCCUCCUCUGCCCCAUCAUGGCUGCAGCCUCCUAGGAGCUCCACCUCUGAAGAGCUCCUCUUGCUGGAGCACAAGUAUGGAGCACCUAUUUACCGUCCAGUCCCCGUCAUCCUGGACAGAGGUGAAGGGGUGUUUGUGUGGGAUGUGGAGGGGCACCAGUAUUAUGAUUUCCUGAGUGCCUGCAGCUCUCUGAACCAUGGCCACAGACACCCACACAUCCUGGCUGCCCUGCACGCCCAGACCUCUAAGCUCACCCAGACCUCCAGGGCCUUCCAUAACAGCCUGUUGGGCCUGUAUGAGGAGUACAUCUGCACACUGUUCGGAUACAACAAGGUUCUGCCGGCUAAUACAGGCACAGAAGGAGGAGAGACGGCUUGUAAACUGGCACGCAGCUGGGCCUACAGAGUGAAGGGCGUCCCCAAAUAUCGAGCAAAAAUCAUAUUUGCACAUGGGAACUUCUGGGGCCGCACUAUGGCUGCCUUCUCCAGCUCCUCAGAUGUCAGCAGCACAGGGGACUUUGGGCCUUUCAUGCCCGGCUUCCAGCUCAUCCCAUACAAUGAUAUUCCUGGGCUGGAGAGAGCGCUGCAGGACCCGCACACCGCUGCCUUCAUGGUGGAGCCCAUUCAGGGUGAUGGGGGGGUGGUGGUGCCUGACCCCGGAUACCUGAUCCAAAUCCGACAGCUCUGCAACAAGUACAAUGUGCUGUGGAUCGCAGACGAGGUGCAGACUGGAAUGGGUCGGACUGGCCGCAGAUUGGCUGUAGACCAUGAGAAUGUGCGCCCAGACAUCCUGAUCCUGGGCAAGUCCCUGUCCGGAGGAGUCUACCCUGUGUCGGCAGUGCUGUGUGACGACCACAUAAUGUCCACCAUCAGGGUGGGGCAGUACGGCUCCACGUUCGGGGGGAACCCUGUAGCAUGCUGCGUGGCCAUGGCUGCUCUGCAGGUUAUGGAGGAUGAGAAGCUGGCGGAGAACGCAGCUGUCAUGGGCCAAAUACUGCACAAAGGUCUGAGCAAACUGCCCAAAGAUAUAGUGAAGGAGGUCAGAGGAAGAGGCCUCCUACAGGGACUGGUCAUCAGAGAGACCAAAGACUGGGAUGCGUGGAAGGUGUGCCUGCGUCUUCGUGACAAUGGACUUUUGGCCAAAAACACCAGUCACGGCUCGGUGAUUCGCCUGGCUCCGCCCCUCAUCAUCAAGGAGCACGAGAUGCAGGAGUGUGUGGACAUCAUCCAGAGGACCAUCAUGUCCUUCUGAGGCCUCAUCUUUAUACAGAGACAUCU